AGGCUUUUCUCGAGAAAUCAUGAUGUCCCAAUCAGCAGAUGCAAGGAAAACUUCACUUUAUCACGAGCUUUGCGCUUUGCACGCUCAAUUACAAGAAAUCGGACAAAACAUGGCGUCCUACGAGCCCAGAAUACCCAAGUUGCCUAUCCUCGACUCAGCUGUAGAAUGCGACGCAAAACCUCGCUCCCAGGAAGGAAUACCGGGUCUCAGAAUUCUAAGAGAAGAAAUAAAACGGGACUUGGAUGUACUAGGAAAGUUUCUCGAGGGCACCCAAUCAUCGUCUAGUCCUGCAAUUUCCACCAAUGCACCCUAUCUGAUAGCAGUAUGCCGCGAGGUCUUGGCGGCUCCUCCGCCAUUAAGUUCAAUCUACCGAACAUUUUUUGUGAGCCACGGAGGAAAAUCAAGUACGUCGCGUCGAGCGAAAUCUCAAAAAGUUCCAGGUACGAAAGUCGAUGUAGUUGCCGACAAUGGCCGGCGAUGGAUCAGAGUCAACACCAUAAAGAACUCACGAAUCCUUGCAGAGUUUCGCGAAAUUGACUCAUACUUUACGAGCUCUGAAGAUGACUCUGACGUUUCUAUGGAAAAUAGAAGACCGAGUUUAGCUCAGAAAGAGUUUGACAAUUCCGUUUUACGGAUGGGCAGAGCACUGUUAGCAGCAGCGCGUGAUAACCCCGUCUCUGGCUCGAGCGAUGCACCUCAAGUAACUCUACGUUUGACUCGACUCGAUCCUUCUGAAGUUAACGAAUUUGGAGAAGAAAAUGAUGAACGAAUAGCUAAGACUAUUGCUGCUUUACGCGAGAUGGGUUUGGACGUAGAGCUAGGAGAAAGGGAUGACAUACAAAUCCCAGCAUUGCCGUCUCCAGAACACGUAUUCACUACAACGACUUGCAUCAAUCUUGACCUAUCAGCGCUAAUAGCGCUCGUGUCCGACAUUACGCAUUCUCCACUUCCAAAAUCCAUUGAAGAAGCCAAUGCCCGUUUUAUCCCUUCCUCGCAAUAUCUCGAAUGGAAGAAACAGAGAAUGCAACAUUUAUCGAGUAAAACUUCUUCUGCAGCUGAUAAUGAAGAAAUUUGGGAAGAUUCUGGGCAACACUCUAGAGCCCUGGCCAACCAGGUCAUGCAAGAAAUGAGACAAGGUUUAUUACAGGAAACGUUCGACCGACUUUCUUCGCUGUGCCCCACGCCUGCACUUGAGUUUUGGACGACUCCAGAAGCUCGAGAUCGCUGUCUCCGCAUUAUAUCAAAGAUAGGAGGUCCGCGAGAACGUCAACGUGCCCAUGCAUUAUUCUCGGAUUCUCAGAGGCAGCAUCCGGCGUUAUUCUGGGAGCAUUCCCGGUAUCCCUCGGGAUUUCUUCCACUAUUACCUGUUCGCGUGUUCCCGUCCCUUGAGCCGGACGAAGGCUCCCUGAAAUCUUUCAACAACAUCUCUCUACCACCUUUCUUCACUGUACUUGCUUCCACAAGUAGAGAAGUCCUUUCACAGGAUGUAGCGAUGUAUCCCAGAGCUAUAUCCACAGAGACUGAUCACGACGGCCAAGAAAUACAACGUGCAGCAGUCACGAAGGCAAAUCCGAAGCUCACCGCUCAUACGGUACAAAGUUUGCUGUGGGGAGCAAGUCUUGGGUGGACAACGUUAACGGCUAAUCGGUCUAGUGUGAAAGCGAUACUGAAGGAAUUGAAAACUUCUGCUCCACUUUCUUUUCUCCACGAUCAAGACUCGUCUGGUGGACUCGAUACUGGCAAAAAAAAGGCAGCGAUCUGGAUCGUCGACCCGAGGAGUUUGGCGGAAGGGAUGAGGUCAGACUACAAUUAUUAAAACUGAUUGUCCAUGCAUAUAAUCACUAUACCCUUGUUUCAAAACUUCGCUACAGGGACCGUAAAGACGAUAGCGAAUUUUGUGUGGAUGAACAAGAACGAAUUGUACUGUAGCGUCCCAUGUGUAAAUAUCAAGAUACGACGUGUAAAUAACAAAAAAAAUAGUAAGCCUACAAGCCCAGCGGUUCAUCAAAAAGCAACCUUGAUCAAGACGCAGACACAGCAGAAUCGGGAGGAGAGUUCGUAAUCGUGGGAAUAGUAACGUCAGUAUUUUUAUCUUGAAGGUGGUGCCCUGAGGGCGUUCGUGCAGUUGGGGUCGGUGGUUCGAGCUCAGCAUUAUCUGUCCUGUCAUCCAGAUCCUGCGAUGAUGCCGCCGUUUCUACGGCCGAAAUAAACGACAUGGCCGAACUAGCUCGGGAGUCCGGGGCGGCAUUUGAUUGCUUGAAUGACGAAGGAGGAUAUAAGCCCGCGACGGUCGGUAUUUCGGCGGGCUGCACUGGCGUUUCUGUAGGCGAUGAUGACUCUGGAGCUGACUCUGGGUGGGUUUGUAUAGAGUCAGGCUUAUGUGUGUCAGACACUGACGAAACUGCGGGAUCGUGUCCUUCUUGUUCCGUCGGGGUCUCUGCAUUGGAUUGAUGCUCUGUAGUGCCGGCAGAUGAUGGACUGUGGCUGUCCGAUGCCGGGGACUCCCCAGAAUGGCUUUCAGAAGGACUCGCAUCUGUUUGCAGGGGACCGGGCGUCGACGUGCUGUCGAAAGCGGGCGGUGGCUGCAUGUCAAGUCUUGACGCUGAGAACGCUACCGCAUCGGGACCAUAUGGCAUACCAAAGCGUCCAAAUGUGUCUCUUGAAGUGAUGAGCUUAAUUUGUUCAGCUGUGAGGCCCCCUUUUGGAAUCUGAAACUCUGAACGCGUCACGGUGUGGGUAAGUGGCGCAGAGAUGGAGUCGAGGGAUAUCGUGGACGGUGAAUUCAUGUGGUUCCUUGAACGCGAACGCGUAAGGGCCCGGAAGGCAGAAGGAGUAGCUGAUAUCGACCCGGACGCUGAAUGGGAUGUACCAUGCGACGCCGUGCGGCCGUGCGUACUCUGAGCCGUUGACACAGCCGACAGGUUACGACUGUGCGUAGGAUCAUUACGCGGGGCGCUGCCUUGUUGAGCUGGAGGUUGUGCCCGGGAUGUAAAGACACUGAAGAAACCCGAUAGCCUUGACUGCCUUGGGCGUUGACUUGCAUCCGCGGGAGGUGAUGAAGUAGCAUCAUUUUGUGGUAAAUUUGAAGUCCCACUGCCUCCGACUGCGGACCGUUGGGGGUCGUUUCCAUCAAAUGCAACAACCUCAAAGUAUGGGGGUGCCUCCCCUCUCGGAUCCUCCAGAGUUUGCUGCUGAUGAGGCGGCAACAACGAUGUACUACUUUCUUGGGAAUUAUUCGUCGAGUCCAUGCUUCGCACAUCCACGCUUCUCCUCAGUGGCAUAUCUCUCGAAGCGGUAGACAUGAGAUGUGCCAUUGAAGGGUUAGCUAGAGUGUCGUUAGAUUCAGCUCUGUCGAGAGGUAUGUCGUGAUGUAUGUCGUCGUGCGGAACGGGUGAAUAGAGCGAAAGUUGCGAAGGACCUCUAUCUAAAGAUUCUUCGCCAUGCUCGUCGAGGACAGGCAUAGCCAUUGCUGCAUCCUCCAUAUCUGAACGUCCCC